GGACUCCGAGGACGAGUCCUGUUUCUGCUGCUGCUGCUGCUGCAGCCGAGUUCUGGGCCGAAACCUGCUUAUUUACUGGUCUGGGAGGACGGAGGGGGACGAGGGCUCGGUUAAACUUAUUGAGACGCCCCAGAAACAAGGAGUAACGGUAGUUUAGGAUUAGAAUUAGCGUCGGAGCGACGUGCGCCAUGUUCCGCCUGCUGGCUGCGCGCACCGGCGGCAGUGGAGGAAAGUGCGUCGGGAGCGCGCAUCCCCCGGCGACCGCCGCGACCGGCGGCCGCCGGGGGAUGCGCGCCCCCGACGCACCUUGGGGACCGGGUCCCGCCGCCGCCGUGUUCACGCCGCGCCGCCCCAUCGUGGACAUGUCCUACUCGACGCACUUCAUGGAUUUCAAGGGCUCGUCCAUACCGAGCGGCGCCAGCAAGCUGGUCGUCACCAAGCUGAGCGCCAGCUUCCGAGAGGCCGUUGCCAUGAGAACCGUCGCCGUGCCGACGCCGGGGGACGCAGACCUGCUCGUCAGGAAUCGCUUUGUGGGAAUCAACGCCUCUGAUAUCAAUUAUUCAGCGGGCCGUUACGACCCCACGGUGAAGCCUCCCUUUGACGCCGGCUUCGAAGGCAUCGGCGAGGUGGUGGGCCUCGGCCUCAGCGCCAGCUCCGCCUACACCGUCGGCGACACCGUGGCGUACUUCGGCAGCGGCGCCUUCGCCGAGUACACGGUGGUCCCGGCCAAGGAGAGCGUGCGCGUUCCCUCUGUGAGGCCGGAGUUCCUCACCCUGCUCGUCAGCGGCGCCACGGCGUACAUCGCCCUGAAACGCCUGGGCGACCUGGCCAAAGGGGAGACGGUGCUGGUCACGGCCGCCGCCGGAGGAACGGGGCAGUUCGCCGUGCAGUUCGCCAAACAGGCCGGCUGCCACGUCAUCGGGACUUGUUCCUCCGAUGAGAAAGCGGGCUUCCUUAAAUCCAUCGGUUGUGACAGGCCCAUCAACUACACCAAAGAAGAUCUGGCCAAGACGUUGAGGAAAGAGUACCCGCAAGGCAUAGACGUGGUGUACGAGUCAGUGGGAGGCAGCGUCUUGGAGCUGGCGGUGAGCUGCCUCGCCAAGAAAGGCCGGCUGAUCGUGAUAGGGAUGAUCUCGGGGUACCAGUCGGAGUCGGGGAUCCCCCCUUUCCCCGGAGGAGCGACGCUGCCCGUCAGACUGCUGCUGAAGUCGGCGAGCAUGCGGGGUUUUUUCCUGCCCCACUUCGUCACUGACUACAAGGAGGCUCUGAGCAGCAUGAUGCAAAUGUUUGCCAAGGGGAAGCUGGUCUGUGAAGUGGAUUGUGGGGAAAUGGCGCAGGAGGGGAGAUUUGUGGGUUUGGAGUCAGUUUUCCGGGCUGUGGACUACAUGUAUGCUGGGAAAAACCUGGGCAAAGUUGUGGUGGAAGUGACACCACCAUCUGUCUGUAAUAGUAAGCUGUGAUUUAACACGUUCAAAAUGCACUAGUGAAAUCAAACUUUUAACAGAAGUUAGAAAGUUUAGAAUCAGUAUUUUGCUUGAAAUGAUCAAUAAAAGUGAAGAAUUUAGGAUAUAA